AUGCUUCGUCCUACGCUCAUUCGUGCUGCGCAUGUACACAAACCGCUGAUACGAUUUCCGGACCGUCGUGCCCCCAAAACUCCCCACGAUCCCCAGCCGCAUCCCAGCGCCCCCGAGGAGGUCGCGAAGAACUUUGACAACUUCCGCAAGAUCCUUGAGACAGGUCCGCACUUUGAUCCCGCCAAGCUCAAGCCAUUCAGCCUCGAAUCGAGUCAGCCGAAAGUGGGCGGCUCAGCAUCUUCCAGUGCCAAGGCCGAUGCUGUGGACACGCUCUUUGACCUGCCACCACGCUUCUGGAAUACACCUUCGAUGCGCAUGUCUCCGGCCGAGAUGGACGCUGUGCAGUCCGGAGGUGCCAGUUUGUUUGACUAG